CAACAGUCUAAUUUUUACCGGUUACGUUAACGGUUCAGCGUGCGUCGGAAUCGCAAGCGCAGUUAUCACAAACAACAGCAGCCGCAUCCGUCGCCGCAACAGUAGCAGCAGCGUCUUUUUCAUCAAGCAGCAAGUGCAUACAAAACGAAAUACACUUGUGCAGUUGCUAGAAACGUGAAGAUCGGAAAAUAGCCAGUGCUUUAUACUUAUAGCGGAUUUAAUGCGUCGCUCCGUAUGGGUUAUUUGUGUGCGUGGUGUAAACAAAGUUUUGAUAAGAAAUAAGUGAACGACAACAUGUUUUGAUAAAACAGACAGCAACAACGACAAUUUUAACAGCUAUGACUAUACGGUGAUACAUGCAACUAUCAUUGUAGAAGAGUAACACCAGUAAAAAGCAAAUAAAAAGUGAAAACGUUUGCAGUGUAAAUAGAAAAUCACAUAAAUAGCGAAAAAUUCGUCGACACUUGGAUCGCAAGGCAAAAUGGAUAAAUAAUAAUUGCAAAGUUAACGCAAACUAAAUUCUUAUCGCCAUUUCCUCGCUUAAAGUCUGCAGUGUAAACGAUUCGCGGAGUUUGUUGUUGUUUGUCGGCAUUCGGCAUUCGCUGUGUCAAAUCUUCGUCUCCUUGAUGUGUGUGUGUGCCGCAGUGUAUUUGUGUGCAAACAAGUUUUGCGCAAAAGUGCGUCAAAGUAACAAGUGUUGCAGCAGCAACGACUACCAUAACAACAACUUCAAGAGCUCCAAGCAACUGCAACUGUGGAAUACCCAUUCAAAAUUGUGUGCAAUUAAAAAAUGUAUUAAAAAAUAGCACAAAUAAAUUUGAAAAAAGUUUUCGCUUUAAUAUUCCAGAAAAAUGAUGUGCAAAAAUUUGCUAAAAUAAUUAUAAAAAAAUACAAAAAACCUCAAUACAAAAUUAAUAGGUGUCAAAAUAUUUGUUAUCUGUAUCAUUAUCUUUUUGUAUGUGCGUGUGUUAAGAUGCUGUCAAGUGUAGCUCAAGUAAAAGCCAAGCCAAUUGUCAUGCAGAAAUACCUCUAAUCAAAUCAAUAUUUAAAUCAAAAUAUUCAAAAUAUAUAUAUUUAGCAUCGAGUGCGAAUCAAAAAAUUGCAAAAGAAUUUGUCGUCGUUUAUAAUUAACGACAGAAAGUCGCAGAGUCAGCGCGAUAGCGUACUCAAUAUUGGUUUUAUUUUGUACCCUAAAGAGAAACCAGGACGGCUUCAUCACGGAGUCUUUGGAGUUUUUUUCCACUGAGGACGACGAUCUCGAGAUGGAUAUUUUACCGAGUGGGAAUAUAUUCAACGAACUGGAGCGCAUUUGCACAACUGGCUAUUUCUCAUCGCAGCCAUCGAUUGAGGAUCAAUGGCAACAGACCUGCUAUGAACUGGAGCGCUAUUUGCGUGACGAGCCUAAGCUGCAGAGCUAUAAAAAGAUGCACACUGAUCUGGACACAGCCUGGGACAUAUUUUCAACGCCCGCACGCCUUCUGGAGGAACUUAAAAUAAAAGAGAGUCUGGAUACGAUAUCGACGACCUCAUCUGUGUCAUCAAACUGUUCAGGCAUAUCGUGGGACAGCAAUGGUUCACAGGCGCUUAGCUGUGCAGUUUUAGUUAAGCAAGAGCGCAUCGACGAGGAUGACGAAGAAGCAACACAUAGACUAUCUUGUAAUGAGAAAUUGGACGUGCUAUUUGCAGCGCCGCCCUCAGCCAUAUCGCCCAAUCCAAGUAUCAGCAGUGCUGGCAAUAUGACGCCUACCAGCAAUAGCAACUGCUCAAGCAGCAAUAGUAGCGUUAACAUAAGCAACAGCAGCAGCAACUGCAAUACUAUCACUCUGAGCUCAAGUAGCAGUACAGCACCGGGUAUUAAAGUGCGGGUGGUACAGGCCAAGAGUCAGCGUCGUUAUCAUUUGGGUCAGCAUGACUUUGUGCUUCCCCCGUUAACUCCGCCCUCAUCACCUGAGUCUAACCUUCGCAGCCAUAACUAUGCACAGCCGCCACAUCAGCAACUCCAGCGGCCGCAACAGAUCGAUGCCAGUGAGCUGGCGGCGAUCCUUAAGCAGCAACAACGCCAGCAGCAGCAGACUUCAGCAGCAGCAAGUUCCACACCCGCGUCCACCGUUCUGCAUUUCAGCAGCCAAACGAUCGGCACCAAAAAUUCCUCAUUGACGCAAGCCACAACGUUGCAGCUGCAACAGCAACAGCAGCAGUUAGCAGUGCAACAUUUAAGCAUAUCGCCUCAGGGGCUAAACAAAACUAGCAGUAUCAGCAGCUCGGCAAGCAACAACAACAAUAACAUUAGCAACAGCAGUAGCAGCAGCACAGAUCAUUCCUCGAGUAACCAUAACAACAUUCCGCGCAGUACAAUCGUGCGACUGACCACAGCCAAUGGAACACCUGGAGCCGCUGGCAUUAGCCUAGCACGUGUCAUACAAAUGCAAAACAAUGGCAAUGCUAAUGUUGCUGCCGUUCUCAGCGCCGCUGCCAACAAUGUUAACAGUAACAACAACAGCAGCACCAAUCCUGGUACAACAACAUCCAUGCAGCAGCAAUCGGCUUCACAACAUCUGCAGCAGACGCCACAAAUAGUUGCCGUGGUUACGUCGCUCCCUGAAAAAUCAAUAACUGCUUCCACCAAAAAUCAUCACCCGCGCCAGCAUCAUAGCGAUCACAGUCCGGAUGCCAAACGACGCAUACACAAGUGCCAAUUUCUGGGCUGCAAAAAGGUCUAUACGAAGAGUUCACAUCUGAAGGCACAUCAAAGAACCCAUACAGGUGAGAAGCCAUACAAAUGCUCUUGGGAUGGCUGCGAAUGGCGUUUCGCUAGGAGCGAUGAGCUAACCCGUCACUAUCGCAAACACACUGGAGCCAAGCCCUUUAAGUGCCGCAGUUGCGAUCGCUGCUUCUCACGCUCUGAUCACCUGGCCCUCCACAUGAAGCGCCAUAUGUGAGGUGGAAUCUAAAUGGAAGUGCAACUGUGUGCCAUCACAAGCUGCUAUAGUGCUAAUUAAUCAAAACUCACAUAACAGCACAAGCAACUGAAAAAUAUUUAAGAACUUCAAAUUCGAUAUAAAAUUGUGUGUUCGUUGCUGUUAGUGUUUAACGUCUUAUUCCAUUUCAUUAUCGUUUCGCUUCCAUAUCUUUUUGGUUUAAUUUCAUUUUAUUGUUUAAGCAUUUAACAAAAUAACUUCCAUAUGCAUUUAAACUCUUGACAAAAUAUUUACCAAAGCAAAUUAAUUUUUUUUCAGUAAAACAUCAAGGAAAAAAUACUGAACAAAAUAGCAGUCAUAAAUGAACUUAUAAAGCACAAUGAACAUAUGAAAA